AUGCAAGUGGACUCCACGUUAAUACAUUUUGUCAGUGACAUGAACCGGACGGAGUUUCCGCAAAAUUACACUUUGGGACUAAAACAGCAGGUGGAAAAUGACGCAUCUAGCCCGAGCAAUCAGACGCGGUUAAGUAACUCGCCCUGGAGCGAUUUGGAGAGCGGCGAGCGCGCUGCGGAGCAUCUGGUGAUGAGCGCACCGAGGUGCUACAGCCGCGGGCAUCACGGCAAGGCCAAACGGAGGAGGAUCAUCACCGUGGUCCAGAGACAGGCAGCUAAUGUGCGGGAGAGGAAGCGGAUGUUUAGCCUGAAUGAGGCGUUUGAUGAACUGAGGAGGAAAGUUCCCACAUUCGCCUACGAGAAGAGACUGUCCCGCAUCGACACGCUCCGUCUUGCAAUCGUCUACAUCUCUUUUAUGACGGACCUGCUGGAGAACACCUGA